AGUUAGAAAGUUCUUGCUGUGAUCACUAAAGACUACUAUAGGUGUUCCUCUGAUGCUUUUCAUUUGAUCGUGACAAAAAAUUUGGCUUCACGCGAUUACAGUUCUGAGCAGGAAGUAGUGGUUGCUAUGGCCUUAAAGAUAUGUUAAAAGCUCUUAUGCAUCGGAAUUAUAUUUAGGGCAUAAAAUUUGAUAUGAAUUGCAGUAUUUUUACUUUGUAAGAGCUCCAAAAAUUUUCUAACGAAAGAAAAUACAACUUUGAAAUGUUUAAUACCUCAGUUCGUUCAAUAAAAUCUGAAAAGGAUUAUUUACAAGAGGUUUAUGUUAAUCCAAAAAUUGCUGCUAUGGAUGUAAAUGGAGAUGAUAGUGCUAAUGCUGGUAGAUGGGAAGUUGUUGAAGUUAUUCAAGAUAUUAAUAGCAAUAGGAAUCUCCACUCCGAUAUCAUUUGUGCAGAUGCAUUAAAUUCACAAGACAAAAUCAAUCCUGAUGAUCCACCUGCUAUAACUGAUGCUACAGGGACUGUAACAUAUCGAGUGGUACAGUUAGCUGCUGAUGGAUCUAGAGAUGAUGGUCAAGGUGCCCAAAUAGUUACGACUUCUGCUGCUAUAGUUGCAGGAGGUCAACAAGUGACUCAAGCAAUAAUUGCUAAUCCAUUUAAUGCUGCUAAUGGAAGUGCAAGUCCUGGGGCAGAAGGUCCAUUUUAUGUUAUGAUGUCUCCCCAAGAAGUGUUGCAAACUGGUCAGCGAACAAUAGCUCCUAGAACUCAUCAAUUUAGUCCCAAACUAGAAGGAGGAAGAACAGCCAGGGAUGAACGACGACGUGCAACGCACAAUGAAGUUGAAAGGCGAAGAAGGGAUAAAAUAAAUAAUUGGAUAGUAAAGUUGUCAAAAAUAGUUCCAGAUUGUACGUCUGAUCAUACGAAACAAGGACAAUUUUAUUCCCAAAGCAAGGGAGGAAUCCUUGCAAAGGCUUGUGACUAUAUCCAAGAGUUGAGAAAUUCAUGUGCCAGGCUACCUGAUGUGCUGAAAGAAAAUGAACGCCUCAACCUUGAUUUAGAUGCUCUUCGUCAACAAUACGAAGAACUCAAGAAUGAAAAUCAAGCCCUCCGAGCCCAUCUACAACAGCAAGGCAUUACUGUCAGUACAUUGGCUAGUAGCUCUUAAUUGGAAUAAAAUGUGACUUCAUAGUCAAGCUGAGAAAUAUUUGCUUUGUUAUUCUGCACUUUCUGAUAAUACAAAGACCAAAGAAACCAUAACUGGACAGGUUUCUAUAAUUGUGUGAUGCAUUCUGCAACAAUAUUUAAAAAAGUGCAGUUUCAUUUAUUUAUGAAGUCCACAUACUGUGCCGAUGCAGGCUGACCCUUGCUUCUGGAUGUAUGCAAGAUUACAAAAUUUCAAUAUUUUUUUUAAAGAAAUAAGCAUUUUUUGCACAUGUUGAUAAAGAAUCACUGUUUCCAUUUGUAGAAACUGUAAAUACUGUUGUAGAACCUUUAUUCUAGACUGUUUUGAAUACAGUUUACCAAUUUGUAAAAAGCUACAUUAAAAAUGAAACUUGUUAGA